AUGGCCCGUGCGUUGCUUGCCGCCUUGCUUCUGGUCCCCGUGGCGGCCUUUGUGGCACCUGGUAGCGGUGUCACCACUACCAGCGGUAAGGCCGUGCAAGUGCCGCUGGAGCCGCUUGAGCCGACUUUCGAUUCUCAGAGCUCCAAUGGCUCCAACGUCCUGAGUGUUCUGUCGGCAGGAUUCGGGGUUGGUGCGGUGCUGGGCUGGUUGAGUUCCAAAAAGCAGCAGCUUUGCUCGACCGCCGCAGCGGCAGCCGUGGCCGUCGCACCAGGUGCCGCUCAGGCGAUGGUGGACUAUGAAGGAAUAAAAUACCUGGGGGGAACGGACAAGGUCGACAUCAACAACGCCAACAUCCAGGCCUACCGCCAGUUCCCGGGCAUGUUCCCUACCGUCGCGGGUCUCAUCGGCACGCAUGGGCCCUACCAGCAGGUCUCAGACAUCUACAACAUCCCCGGUAUGGACGACAAGCUCAAGAGCAUUGCCAAGAAGUACGAGGGCAAUCUUGUCUGCCUGCCAGCAAGCCCUGCUUACUUCAUCGACCGCAUCAACAAUGGCCUGUACCGCUGA